AUGAAGGUGAUCGUCUUGUUAACGGCACUGGCGGCUUGCAUUGCUGCAUUGCCUGCUAUUCCUCAUUCAGGUCAGGCUCAAACCAGUGCAGAUGAAUCCUACCUCCCCAUGAGGAUACGGGCCGAGACCAGCGCCGACGAAUCAUACCUUCCAAUGAGGCGGGCAGAGACGAACGCAGAUGAAUCUUACGACCCUAUGAAGCGCGCUGAAACCAGUGCCGACGAGUCUUAUGACCCCAUGAAGCGCGCUGAAACCAGCGCCGAUGAGUCCUAUCUUCCCAUGUAG